CCCGUUAAAUCCACUUUACUUUCGAUUUCGUUUGUGAUUACAGCAGUUUGAAAAGAUCAUCAAUGUGAUCAAAAGCUCGAUAAAGAACACUUAAUCGCCACUUCAUUAGGCAUGGGUAAGCUACAAAAAGAAAAGGGGCGGCGAAUGAAAAAGAAGAUAAGCGAAAAUACAAGAAAGGAAUCUAAACAAUCUUUUUUAGGUACAUCUUCAGAUACAAGCUGGGCUUUUUUACAAUUGGUGAUUGAGUCGCAUCAUCCUAGACUUUUGCGUACAAAAGCCUUCAUGGACCUCAAGAAGGCGAAAGAACGUUAUGUUAACGCCACUUCAUUAAGCGGUCAGCAACGAAAACAAAAGCAGACCAUGCUAAGACGACCUAACUUGAAGCUAAGCGACUUUGAAAAAAAGGAAUCUGAACAAUCAGUUGUGCUGUCAGAUGAACAUUUGCGUUAUGAAUCUAACAUUGGACUCAAUUGUGAAAUGUACUACAUGGGCAAUUUAAAGAAAGACCACGAUGAUAGUUUAACAACGAAAAUGAUGGACACAUAUCGCAGACUCAUGAACUCUGUUGGAGUCAUUAUGGUAGAUGGGAAAACCUUGGGCACAGGUUUUCGAGUCGGAAAAAUAUAUGUUGCAACGGCCUGGCAUGUUGUAAACGGCAUUUUAGAUCAUCGACUAACAGGAGUGAAAAAUUCGUCAAAUUUGCUACAAGCCUACAUUGUCUUCAGUGACCCUCCAGACGAUUGUUCUGCUACAAAAUACACUUUCAAACGAGCAUACUAUUCUGAUGAAGGCCUUGAUUUUGCAAUUCUGAAAAUAAGUAAUGCAGACAAAUCGUUACCACUUAAACUUGCAAUAAGGAAGGAACCAUGGGAACCACCUUUUAUGGGGGGAAGUGUUUCGUUAAUCAGUUAUGGUCAUCCAUCUAAACACAAUAAAAUUAUUGAACUACAAUGUAAAGUAGUCGUUUCUACAAAACAAGAGAUGCACAAAUUGCGGUUGUUUGUUCACAAACACGGAAACGAUCUUAAGUGCAAUUUGAAGGCGAACUGCGAAUUUAAAGUUGUUGACGAAUGUUCUAUCGGAUACGAUGCUGACAAAAAGAUAUUCAUUAAUUGUUUCGUGGAAAAGGGAGCUUCCGGGGCACCUAUGCUGGCAUGCAUUAAUCCGCUGUAUGACAUUGUUGAAGUCGUAGGGAUGUUGACUCAUGGGUUGCCAGAGUUUUACUAUUGCCUUAAUGAGGACUUUCAGAAACGUAUUCCAAACAGUCAACGAAUCGAAGCAGGAUACAAAAUGUCACAUGUUUAUGAAAAUAUGAAACAAAUUAAACCCGUUUUAGCGGCAGAUGUUUUUACAUAAGAAGCCUUUAUUAUUAUUGUCGAAAUGUAUAGUUGAGUUGUGUCCGGUGCCAGAGUGAACCAUACAUCGAAAUGUUGCUGCUUAUCACCCAUUAUUUAAAAAUACCAAGUUACCAGUUGGCGAUUUUUAUGAUAAAUCACUUUGGCAAGCGACUUUAUUUGUCCGCGCAAAAAUUUGACGGGGUGUACAUGUUACGUUGUUUUAUAUCACCUUAGCACAAAGUGCUUAGUCCAACUCUGACUUGCGUCCAUAGUCGUCCGGUGUGUGUCAUACGGUGUAUGUCGUCAACUGUUAGCUGGUAACCACAAUUUUCAUCAAUUGUAAUAAUAUUUUAAUGGACAAUAUCUAGGCCAAGAUCUAAUCACGUGCCUUCAAUGAGUAUGUAAAAUGUGAGAAAUAAACCCUGUUACCAUUUUGUCGACCGCAUUUAUGGCUCAAUCUUGAUGUAGCGUGGUCAUAAUGUUUAUGGCAAAAAUACCUUUGCCGAGUCUCGAUUAUGAGUCAUACGAAUCAAGAAACUAGUUAACUAGAUCAUAUCUUAGACAAAACUAUGUUGCCACUGUAUAGGUCACAUUUUGUGAAUGAAUCUUUAUAUAACUUGGUAAGAAUGCUUAUCUUGACAAUUUCUAGGCUGUGUUGAAAUCCGAUUGAUGUGUUACCCAAACUAGGUCACGGAGUAAAAUUUAAGAAAAACCCUGUUACCAAUAAGGAAGCCACAUUUAUGACUUAUUAAGUAUUUAUGAAACUUGGUAGGAAUGAUUUUCUUGACAAUAUGAAUUUCAUGUUUAAAUCUGAGUAAAAUUAGGUAAAAAAACAACAAGAUCAUGUCUUGAACAAAUGGUAUCAGUGUACUCAGUUAAAGAGCAUUCAUGGCCCUAUUGGUAAAUUAUAUUUUGAUCUGACAUAAUUUGGAUUGAUUCUGCUAAUAAAAAAAUGUAUUAAAAAAAGUGUGUUCAUUUACCUUAUAUUUCGAGCUGGCAUUUACAUUCCUUAUCCGAGUCAGUAGUCACUAAAUUAUUCUUAUUAUACCAAGUGAUUUAUAGACUUUGGAAAAAGGUAAACUAUGGUACCUUUAGUAAAAAUUUUGCAUGUCAACAUGAUUUAAAUGUUGCAUUAAUUAUAAUCAAAUUAAUAUAUGGUUUGAUAAUAGAGUAUUUUAAUCAAAAGUCUUAACUUUAUGUUUUC